GACAAAACAAGAAACAUCUACUUUAAUGUACCGACAAAUGUUUAAUUCACAUCGUGAACAGUAUCAGGAUUUUAACCCUAUUUUCACUGAUGGCUCGAAAAAUGACGGUCAUACAGCAUCUGCAGUGGUCACGCCGAACGAAAUCAUCACUGAAAAACUGCAUCCAUCUUGUUCAGUUUUUACAUGCGAAGCUCACGCCAUCUUAUUAGCUCUACAAUUUAUCCUUACCCAAACACACAAAAAAUGGUACAUUUAUACCGAUUCUAAAAGUUGUCUGGCAGCAUUAAACAAUAUUUCCCACAGGUCUCAUUCAAUCAUAAUUAAUGUUGUUUAUACUUAUGAAAAUUUACAAAGUCUGGGUUAUUCUGUGAUGUUAUCGUGGAUUCCUGGGCACUGUGGCAUUCUGGGUAAUGAAAAGGCUGACGAAUUUGCUAAAUUGACCCAAAACCUUUCAGUUCGACCAUUAUCAUAUUCAGAUAUUAGAAAUGCGAUUAAUUUUACACUACAGUUCGAAUGGCAAAAAAGUUGGAAUGAGGAGACAAAUAACAAAUUACACAGUCUUAUACCAAAUAUAGAACCAGUAAUGAAACAAAGUUUGCCGAGAAAAUACGAAGUUAUAUUGAAUCGUUUGCGCAUUGGUCAUACACGUAUUACACAUAGACAUCUCUUACUAAGUGAACCUGCACCAGAUUGCUCUAGCUGCAAUGAACCAUUAACUGUUAAACACGCUCUGAUCCAGUGCAAUAAAUUUAAAUUUCUAAGACAACGCUAUUUUGGCUACAAUAAUCCUACUUUACAUUUACUUAUUGGCGAUAAACCACACUAUAAUCUUCUGUUGUACCUUAAGGACAUUGGAUUUUAUAACUCAAUUUAAUUUUACCUUUUAUUUAAACCAAGCACUCGUUUUUUAGACCAAGUUCAUGGUGCGGUAUAGCCAUUUCUGGCUCUUGCGCCAAAAACACUAAAUAACUAUCUAACUAACAAA